AUGAAUCCCUCCCUUGCCGUCGCAAAACGUGUAUCGGUGAACGGGGCGGCCCAGAUGACCAGUUCAUUCACCGUGCCUUGCAGUUUCCAUGUAAGGGAUGUGAUAACCCUGAGCCAGAGCCCAUCCGCUGCUCCACGGAUAGGAGGAUCGCGAAUUAGAGCCUGCCUAGAUGCACCUGCGAUCCUAUCCAGACCUGGGCGCAUUUUCACCGAAUGCAGCGUCCCGAUGCUCGAUAUCUCGACGGGCGGGAUACGGCAGCUCAGCUCCUGCAAGGCGUCCGAUGGAUCUCUCAUCUCACAGUUGACGGCCGUCAACAGCACGGCAUGUUUUGGCCCUUUGACCCGAAGGACCGGUACAGACGCCGACUCCGAAACACAGAACCUAUCAUCUACGACACCAGCGUCCAUGGGAAGUCAAUCGGACUACGCAGCGAUCGACGCUGUGUACUUCCCCUCCAUCAUCACCGGGUCACGCGAGGAUGCCCCUCCACUUUCCAGCGGUCCAGUUCGUUCGGUUUGCAAACGAACUGCCAGCGCCCAGCGGCUAGGCACAGUCUUGAUGUGCGCAGCAUCGAGGAGCCGUGAAACCAUGCCAAUGGAGUUAACUUGCGCUCUCUAUCCAACAUUGCCUGCAAUCUGCAGAUGCAAGUCUGAAACAUACAUAGUAUGGUUAAAAGAGGCCGCAGUGCUAUCAUUACUAUUACUUGCGCUCGCAUCGCGGAACCGGUCCGGAUUUGUUCUCCAUAGCGCUUUCAUGUCCCUGGUGAUAGGCUGGCCCUACCGCCUGCCGGCCGCAGAAUCGGUCACACGGGCACGGGAGCUAAACUUUGUUUUGGGAUGGAGUGAUUCGUUGGCAGUCGUACUAUGA